CUCUAGUGCAGUUCGUAGAAGUUAGCAUCUCACAUUCUCAGCUAAGCAUUUUUCUGAUCCUCACGUGAUCAUAUAUAAUCUAACCCAGCUUCUCCGUGAAAGACAGACUGUUUAAAAAAGACAGAAAUAUGCUUACGGAACCUUGUGACCUGCCAAUCCUACUGCGAGCCUCAGAGCUCUGCCUUCAAAGCUGCAGAAGGCAAGAGGCCCAUUUCUAAAAUCUCACAGUUGGUUUUAUGAUUUAGAAAUGGUCUGUGUGCACAAUCCCCUUUUGACUGUAUAACUACUUUACAGAGAAGGACGUGGCAAAAAGAGGGAGUACGUUCAAUCAGCACCAGAGAGGGAACAUUAACCCAUUGAUAUUUGAUCCUGUGGCUGGCAGACCCUAUAUGAAGGUAUGAGAGAUUCUAAGAAAAAUUAUUGCUGCACAUCAUAUAGGAAGGUAAUAAUGUAUGUGUUCCUUUGUAGAGUGAUGUUAUAUAGAGGAUUUAUUUUAUGUAUUAUAUAAUACAAGUAUAAUGUACCAGGCUCUUAAAAUCAUCAUUUUUAUGGGGUAUUACUUCUUGGUUAAAUACACAAAAUCGCUUUAUUAUUUGUCAAAAUAGCUUAAUUGGAAAAAUUCUCUAUAUCAGCUAUAUUUUCAGUUUGGCUACUCUGCGGAGCCAGCCCCACAAUGGGUCAGUUUUUUUCAGGUAGUGUGCAGCUCCAUAAGGGAACCGCACACACACUAAAUUAGCAGGUGAGCAGCUACCCCGUUGCACACUGCAUAGGAUGGAAAAAGUGACAUAGAUGGGAGAGGGCAAGAGAGACAUGGGUGGAACGUGGAUAGGGACAUGGAAUGAAGGGGGGAGAGACAUGUGAAAAGGAGAAAGAGAGACAUGGAUGGAAGUUCAAGAGAGACAUGGAAGGGAGGGGGAAGAGCGAUGUGAAAGUGGGGAAGAGAGAGAUGGAAGGAAGUGGGGGGAGACAUGGAAGUGUGGUGCAUUCUGGUGCAUUGGGUGCAAUAUGUAGUGCUGUGGGAAAUGCUUUGGGUGCAAUCUGGUGCUGUGGAAAGGGACAGUAAGAGUGAAAAAGUGCAAGUGGUAUAUUGGGAUGAGGUGGAGUGAACCAAGGUGUAAGGGAAAGCAUUUGGAAAUGUAUGUGUAUAUAUAAAAUGACCAGGGAAGGGGUAAGCAAGGGGCAGCAAAAUAUAUCUUGCACAGGCUUGUCUGUGAGUGUCUGUGUUUCUGCGAGAGAAUAUUUCUGUUUCUGUGUGUCUGUGAGUGUGUCUGUGAGUGUGUCUGUCUGUGUUAGGGACUGUGUGUGAAUGUGUCUGUGAAUGAAUGUGUCUGUGAGUGAAUGUGGCUGUGUAUAUAUACAACACCCAGUGUAACAGGUUAGAAGGUAAAAUGUACAGACAUGUAUACUUCCCAAUAGACAUCCACUAUGGGUAAGCAGAAGUACCACUCUUGGGAUCUACAAUAGAUAAAUAUAACCACACAUAGUGUAAUCUGUACAAUGAAAGUAAUUGAAUAAUGAUAAAAGUUCCACUCACAAGUGUAGAGCCGUGCCAGGCUCUAUAUAAGCAGCAUUAGGGUGCCAAUGUUUGGCUUUGAUGGUAUCUCUGAAGCAGACUCAGGAUUUUUUCAAAAAAACGAUUUAUUUAAAUUAAAAAUAUUAUUAAAACAGGACAUAUAUAUGCAGUGUGUAGAAAAAUAAUAAUAUUAAUAAUAAUAUUUUUAAUUUAAAUAAAUCAUUUUUUGGGUGUUGUAUGUAUUUGGUAGUGUUUGACAUUACCAGUUUUUUAUUGUACACAUUGAGGUGAUUGGGGAAACACCUAUAAUUUGUGAUACACACCCAACAUAACCUUGAAGCGCCUAAACACCUGCUAAUCUUUCUGUAUAUUUUAUCCUGGCUGUGUAUAUGAAUGACUUCUCGAUGUACUUGUGUGUGUGUGUGUGCAUGACUAUGGGGGAGGAGGGGGGAAAGGGAAGCAUUUAAAUCCUGGACCAAGGCAGCACAAUGUCUUGGGCUAGCCCUGCUGCUCUGGCUUUACAUUGAUAUUCACAAGAAAUCACAGGCGGCAAUAUUGAAUUCUCCAUAGUCUCUGCAUUCCAGUAGCUGUGGACAACCACUCCCAUGAUGCUCAUAUAGUCAUAUUUCAGUGGCAAUGAUGCUCACAUAACUCAUAAAAUGCAGUUUUCUUACAACAUCUAGAACAACUUUAAAAACUGUUUAAUUCUAUAUCACAGGGGAAGUGGGUGGUGUUUUUGUUUUAUCUUAUUUCCUCUCACUAUAGGUAACGUUUCUCUUGUUUUUACAUUUUGAUAUUUUAUGACUGGACGCAUGGUCUCCAACAGAUGAAAUUAAAUUGUGUAGAGGGGGCGAAGCAUGACCAGCGAGCCGCCAAGACGUGUCUUGCAUGAGCUCCUGCUGUACGGGUGAUCUACCCGAUGAUUUCUCGAGCCAAAGUUCUGGAAUACUCUCAAUAUUGAGCCAUAAAGAUUGGGGAAGCCUGCACUGGUUACCAGACCUGACGCUCAGAGACACCAGGAGCCGCGACAGCAGGUUGAGGCCUACUGGAGAUGGUGGAGUGGAAAGACAGCCGCUUUCCUCCUGCUGCACCAAGCCACACGCGAGCACGACUCAGUCCCCGACCCCCUGUGGACCGUGGGGGUUAUCCUGGUCCCCGCCGAACUGAGUUGCCGCAGCCUCAUACAUGUCUGAGGAUCCAGCAGCCCUCACAAGCUGAACAAGUGGGGAGGUCUCCAAGAUGGCGGAUGCAUCAGACCCAGCUACACGCGGCACGCAGCUCGAGCAACCUGACACAAUAGGCCCCUGUGCUAGAGCAAUGGACGCUCUUGAAAUAAUUUUUGACCAAUUCUGGGCUAAGCUGCUGGCUCGCGUAAGGCCGGCAAAGGCUACAAGUAUACCAACCAAAAGGGAUCUAGUUUGCAGCAAGUGGAGGCCUGGGAAGCCUCUCAAAGGCGCAACGUUGUCCCCCACUUCAGAAACCUACUCAAGAUGCCAACCUGGGCUGAGAGCGACAAGGGCUACAACCCACAGGUACCGGCCACACACGCGGAGGGCCACAAGGCACAAACGACGACACACAACUGUAACACGCAGGGCCCACUGCACCAUCUUGACCGGGAAGACCCUGGACCUCAAUGGAUCCCAGGCUCAUGCCAAGAGUGUACCAGCUCUCCCACAGCACCGAGGCAGGAGGGGCAUCUCACCUACACGACGCUGCACUGCUCCCCAAAGCGGCCUGAGCCUGAUCGCGAGACAUGACCCCCGCAGGGGUGUCGGAUGACUGCUCCGACUACCAACUUGCGGGGCCUGCAUCGUAACCCUCUACUUGGGUCCGCUAAAGUACCACCACGGACUCCUUCUCAAACCAUGCAGAAGAUGGCUCCAGUUUGAGCGAUUCAAAUGCUCCGAUCACACUUUACUCUGUUUCCUGUGUUUCUUCGUUUUAUUUCUGCUUAUUCACUUAUGCUUUUACUCAGCUCUCAUGCCAAGCAUUGCUGUAUAAGUAAUUUGACCUAGCAUGGUAUAAUGCAAAUUUUUAUCUCUUAAGCCGGACUCCAGUGGUAAAACCUGUGUGAAUUACUAAUUGAAGUCAGCACAUGCGCAUGCGCAUUCGGAUCUGACGUCAGAGUGGGGAGGAGAGGUCACCAGUGCCAAGAGAGCCCGGCGCUGGAAAAAGGUAAGUGGCUGAAGGGGUUUUAAAAAAUAAAAUGGCCGCGGGCAGCGAGGGAGCAGUGAGCAGUGAUCUCCCUGCUCAGCUCCCUCGUGCGCACAGCAGUGAUGUCACUCCGGCAUUACUAAGAGGGCGCGAGGGAGCUGAGCAGGAAGAUCACUGCUCCCUCGCCACCUGCACGCCAGCCGCUCAGCAGCCCCACUGGACCCCAGGGACUCUAUGCCAGCACUUUUAAAGGUAGGGGGGCUAGGUGGAGUAAAAUGUAAAAAAAAUUUUAAUGUGUUUGUGUGUCUGUCAAAGAGUAUAUGUGUGUUUGUCAGUGAGAGUGAAUGUGUGCUUGUCAGUGAGCGUGUAGGAGUGUAUGUGUUUGUCAGUGACAAUGUAUCUGUUCUUGUCAGCGAGAGUGUAUAUGUGUUUGUAUGUGUUUCUGUAAAAGAGUAUGUGUGUUUGUCAGUGAUAGUGUAUGUAUGUGUGUCUGAGUAUGUCAGUGUGUGUAUCUGUAUGUCAAGGUUUGUGUAUGUGUCACUGUGUGUAUCUAAGUGUGUGUGUAUGUAUGUGCCAGUGUGUAUCAGUGUGUUUGUAUGUGCCUGUGUAUGUCAGUGUGUGUGUAUCUGAGAGUGUCAGUGUGUAUGUGCCAGUGUGUAUCUGUGGGUGCAAGUGUGUGUGUCUAUGUCACUUCGUGUAUCUGAGUGUGUGUGUAUUUGUGAGUCAAGAUGUGUGUGUGUGUCAGUGUGUAUCUGUGUGUCAAGGUGUGUGUCAGUGUGUAUCUCUAUCACUAUGUCACUAUGUGCCAGUGUGUGUGUGUAUCUGUGUGUCAGGUACAUAUACAUACACACACACACAGAUACACACUGACACAGAGAUGCACACACUGGUGCAUAGAAAAAACACAGAUAUACACACCUUGACACACACUGGCACAUACAAACACAGAUACACACACUUUGAAACAUAGAUACACACACCUUGACACACAGAUACAUACACACACUGUGUGUCAAGGUGUGUGAAUCUUUGUCAGUGUGUGUAUCUGUGGGCCACUAUCUGCCAGUGUGUGUGUAACUGUGUGUCUGAUUCAUACACAUUGGCACAUACAAACACAGAUACACACACUUUGACACACAGAUACACACAUCUUGACACACAGAUACACACAUACAUACACACACACAGAUACACACGGUGUGUCAAGGUGUGUGCAUCUGUGUGCCAUUAUGUGCCAAUGUGUGUGUGUAUCUGUGUGUCAGAUAUACACACACACACAGAUACGCACACUGGCACAUAAAAGCACACAUAAACACACCUUGUCACACACCGGCACAUACAAAAAAUGUGCAAUUUUUGUAUUUUUUUGGGGGUGUGGGGGGGGUGGGUCCAUGAUGUUGAUAUACUAUGUCAAAUGGUUCCAUGGGAAAAAUUUAUUGGGAACCCCUGCUACAUGGUAUAGCCUGCUGUUCCUAGUUAGCCUAGAAUGAUCACUCUACAUAAAAAAUGAGACAGAUUAUCCAGGAGUAUACAUGUCAACUGUAUGUUUAACGUCUUGUCAUAUGCACUAACUCCUUUACUUUUGUUUGCAUUCUGUACUGCAUAACUCAUUGUCUCAAUAAAAGAAAGAUUUACAAUAAUAAAAUAAAAAUGUAAUUCUGUAGAUUUAUAACUCAGACCAUGACUAAUGCCAUUUUACAGCCUUAAUGGACCACUAUAGUGCCAGGAAAAUACCGCCGGGCUCUAAGGUGAGGAAGGGGUUAAAUCACUUACCUUUUCUCCACUCUCCGCCUCCUUUCCCCGUCAUCGGCUGAAUGCAUAUAUGCGUCAAGAGCCGCGCGCGCAUCCAGCCAGUCCAUAGGAAAGCAUUUUCAAUGCUUUCCUAUGGACGCUGGCAUCUUCUCACUGUGAAAAUAACAGUGAGAAGCGUGGAAGCGCCCCUAGCGGCUGUCAAUGAGACAGCCACUAGAGGCUGGAUUAAAACCCAUAUUCUCUGAAACUGCUAUGUUUACAGCAGGCAGGGUUAACCCUAGAUGGACCUGGCACCCAGACCACUUCAUUAAGCUGAAGUGGUCUGGGUGUCUAUAGUGGUCCUUUAAAACAUAAUAAUGCUCCAAGUUACUAAGUAAUAAUGUAUACAAUCCUGUAUGACACAAACAGCUGUAGGACUUGUGCACUGGUCCAUCUGUUCACCCUAAUAUAAUAAUAAUGUAAAUACAUUUGUAAUAUUCGCAUAUUUCAAAAAUAAUAAAGCAAAGAUACAUUGGCAAAAUUAAGAAAAAAUGACAAAAAGACCUUACAGAACAAAACAUUUGGAGCUUUUGAAGGAGAAAAAACUCUCGACAAUGGAUGUCUAACAUUGGCACUGCAGAUGUUUGUGGACCAUAUUUCCCAUGAUGAUUAGCCAGCCUGGAGCCUAAAGACAGGUUGGGAAUUAUGGGAAAUUAAGUUUACAUAAAUCUGUAAUGCUAAAAUAACAGGAGAAGGGUGUAUUGUGAAAGGGCUACAAUAGGACAUGUAUGCAGACAGGGUGAAAGUAUCAUCAUAGUGGCAGGGAUUAGGACACUAAACAAACAGACAGAUUGUCCGAGUCAAUCACAAGAACUCUGAUUCACGGAGUACAAAGCUGUGCUGUCAUUUCAAGCCAGGCAGUGCUAACAGAAACUUGAUGUUAAACGCUAAACCAGUGAGUAUGGGACUUUGUCCUGCAUUUCUGUUAAAAUUUUAUUAUAUGUACCUCGUGCUAAACAAUGCGCUUUUUUGUGAUAUAAUGGAAACAAUACAUUUUGUGUCUUUUUCUUGGCUCAAUUAUUUAACUUAUUUGUUAACAUAGGCCUAAAGGAACAUUCGAGCCAUAAUAAAAUUACACCAACAGGGUUAUUUACUAAAGUGUGAGCUGUCAGACAUUUAGAAUGUAUUCAAAGCAAACCUUUCUGUCAAAAUAGCUGAAAUGUACUAAAUUCUCCAAAUCAGUUAUGUUAUCAGUUUGGCUAUUUUUUUGCCCAAAAUUCAAACAUGAAUGUGAACUCAUUUAGAAUUCUGGCAAUUCACGCUUGAAUGAAUAACUGUCAUUUUUUAAUUUUCUUUAUUAAUAGUGGCAAAAUUAAAACAUAACUCUUCCCGGAGCUAUGACAAAUAGGAAUAUAAUCAAUUGAAAGGAAUACCGCACUCUAAAUGACGCCAAAAUAGUUAUAUUUGAAAUAUAUACAAAAGGCAAUAAAUAUUACAAUAGCACUGUGAAGGGAAAACUAACAACACACACAGAGUAAAUAUUUACAUUCAUAGAGCCCAUCAAUCACCUGACCAGUACCUAUGGUUCAUGAUGUACAUAACCAGCUGAACACAAAUACUUUACACCAAGUUUAAAUCAGUAAAUAGUUAUUCAAUAAUUCAUGCACAGGUGAUAGUAAUCACUGCCAAUGACACCGGUGGAUUCAGCCUCUAAUUCAUAAAGAUAAGAAUAUAUGUAUAAACAUAGGCUAGUAAAGAAAGAAAAAAAUGGGGAAAAAAUGAACAAAAUGCAAAAAAAGAAAAAUGGGGGGAAAAUAAUAAUGAGAAAAGGAACAAAAAAAAUAAGAAAAAAUACACAAAUAUAUUUUAAAAUGUAUGGAUAUAAAAUCCACUGAUUAGAAUGGAUAUAACUAUUCCAUAUAUAUGAUAGUAGAAAAAAAUAAACAAAUAUUUCCACAAAGGGAGGAAAUGAUUAUCAAAAAGGUUGGAUCCCACCCUUCUUCUUCUUUGGGCCCACAGCCCACCAGCCACCUGCACCACAGCCUGAGCCUAUAACGACUGCCGGACUCCAGCUAUCAACCAGAGCUCACUCAGUGAUUAUUUUCAGCAUCAAUUCCAUAUGGACUUUCUUUAUUGUACAGGAUUAAUUUUAAAGGAUCCAUCCUUUUUGAUAAUCUUUCCCUCCCUUUGUGGAAUUAUUUGUUCCUUUUUUCUACUAUCAUAUAUAUGGAAAAGUUAUAUCCAUUCUUAUCAGUGGAUUUUAUAUACAUACAUUUUUAUAUAUUUUUGUGUAUUUUUUCUUAUUUUUUUCCGUUCCUUUUCUCAUUAUUUUUCUUUUUUGCAUUUUAAUUUUUUUCCAUUUUUUCCUUUCUUUACUAGCCUAUGUUUAUACAUAUAUUCUUAUCUUUAUGAAUUAGAGGGUGGAUCCACCGGUGUCAUUGACAGUGAUUACUAUCACCUGUGCAUGAAUUAUUGAAUAACUAUUUACUGAUUUAAACUUGGUGUAAAGUAUUUGUGUUCAGCUGGUUAUGUACAUCAUGAACCAUAGGUACUGGUCAGGUGAUUGAUGGGCUCUAUGAAUGUAAAUAGUUACUCUGUGUGUGUUGUUAGUUUUCCCUUCACAGUGCUAUUGUAAUAUUUAUUGCCUUUUGAAUAUAUUUCAAAUAUACCUAUUUUGGCGUCAUUUAGAGUGCGGUAUUCCUUUCAAUUGAUUAUUUUUUGGAGGUUAAAACAAAAGGGUGCGGAGUGCCAACAUCAUAUAUUUAUUUUUAUCAAAACAGGAAUAUGUCCGAGAGUUGAAUAGUUUGGUGACAGGUGCCUUAGAAGAGGUUGUUAAUAGCAGUUAGGAGAUGCUAUUUCUCUUAGUGCAAUUAGAAAGAACAUCAUAUGUACAUUGAACUGGUACGGGAGACCAACAGUGAGAAUUACCAGGAAUUAAAAUAGAAUUUAACCUGAUUUAAUUGUUGUUGUUUUUUUUUUACGUUUUGAAAAACUAUAAGUAUAAUUGUGGAAUUGUCACUUCUAUGGACGUGAGAGCGCCUUGUUCAGUCACCCAGUAAACAGCAUUUACCAGAGUGAACAAAGCUGUGUAGGUACAUAGAAAAACAGAAUUACCACUGCUGCACUUCUCCAUUGAGUGACUUUGCUGCAUCAUGAUGCCUUGCCCUUGCUCAUACAGAAAUGCCAUACGAGCAAAUGCUUGCUCGGGCAUUCCUUCACUUCUGCAGGGAGAUAGAUCUAGAAUCCUCUGCAGAUAACAGAUAAACAAUGCAAUGAUGGUCAUACAUAAUCUGCAAGGAAGGAGAUGAAGAAUAUGCUGCAGAAAAACAGGGGGCAUGCUAAGGAUAGAAUGGUAGAGCAAGAUAUUCUCUAUCUAUCUAUCUAUCUAUCUAUCUAUCUAUCUAUCCAUCUAUCUAUAUAUCUAUCUGUCCAUCAGUCUGUCUGUCCAUCUGUCUGUCUGUCUAUCUAUCUGUCUAUAUACCUUUCUAACUAUCAUCUAUCUAUAUGUCUACCACUCUAUAAUAAAUACAUAUAUAUAUAGUUUUUUGUUGUUUUGUAAUAGUUUUUAUUGGAAAAAAUAUAAGGCAUACUUUUUAUUCUCUACUGAAAAGAGUGGACAGUAUUUUUACCCUUGUGUCAUGCCAGAAAUUAUUGGGGAUCAGUAUAUUUGGUGGAUACGAAAUCUCAUGGGGUCUUUUUAAGGCUGAAUACUGUGGAAGAAAAGUAGUUUUUUUUUUGUAUAAUUGUAGCGGCUGUUAUAUUGACUAUUGAAUAGAUCAACACAGUAACACUGAUUCGCAUCUCUAGUGUCUCAUGACUAUCUCAUGGCAAGAGAUGUUAAAAUAAUCACGAGUUCUGCCAGGUGACAAAAUGAACUUGUACUUGAAUACACCUGCCAGCUGUGAUAAGCAAACCUGCAAUGUUGACUUAUGUUUUUCUUUCACAACCAUACACUAGAAUGUAGAAAGCAAAAUAUGACCUGAAAAAUCAAUAAUUAAUCAAUAAACCAUAAUUAAUUAUUAGACCAUAUUGUGCUAAUUCUUUAAACCUCAUCUGAAGCCUUAAAUGUGUUUUGAGAAUAGAUUUUAACCAAGCUCCACUAAAGCAAUGCUUUAAACCAACUUGGUAUUAAGUAUUAGUUAGCAGCUGCUACCUGUGAUUCACGGAAAGGUAAAAGUGGAGAAUUGGAAACCAAAUUGCUAAAUUUAGGCCAAAAUUGACAAUACAGAAAAACAUCUCAGCCGAGGAUGUUAUAACUAUUAUGGCCAAAUAUGUGCAACUUUGUCUUCAGUUCUCUUCAUGAUUAGAUUUAAUAUAUCUAUUUGGAACAUAUCUAAUUAAGCCUCUUCUCAAACCUUUUGGUUUUUAGUAUUACUGUGAGAAUUCUGACCAUUUAUCUGCUAUGUGAUUGUCUUUGAGUUAAUGCAUGUUUUCUUUUUAGCUUCCAAUGUUCUGCUGCUCAGGGAUAGAAUCGUAUUGUUAAAAGAACAACAUGAAGUCAAAUCAUACCAUUCAGGCAGCCAUAGACCUCACAGCGGGAGCUGCAGGUAACUUGUGAUUGUGUAGGCCACACUACAUGUGACAUACUCUGACCUGUGAUGGAUGCUUUGAUUAGUAUUUGUUCUGUCAGCAGGUGGAGAGGACUGUAGACUUGCUAUCAAACAUAUUAAUUGCCAGACAUUUUCUGGCAUGGCACAUUAAUACCUGUGUGACGGCCUGUUUAUAGUAGAGACGUACUGGAUACCGCACUCACCAAAUAACCCAGGUGCUCUGAAGUCAGGGCUGGCCAGGCCUCCCUUCCAAGAUAUGUAGAAAAAAUAACGGUUCAGGCACUCUGGGAUAACAAAAAUAGCGGCCUUUUGGGGCAAAAGCAGCAACGUUUCGACCUUAACAGGUCUUUAUCAAGAUUGAUAAAGACCCGGUAGGUCGAAUGCUGGAGGACCAGUAAUUUUACAUUUGGAAAGAUAUGUGCACAGUAAAGGAAAAAGACCCUCAUGUUUGUCAAUCAAACAUCCCAGAGACGUUAUAAAAUGACCGAUUACCAGUUUUACUUUUAUAAUGUAAGAAAGAGAGGGCACUCUGUUAACCCAAAGCUGUAGUGUUCCUUUAAAGAGACACUGGUCACAAUCAAUUGAUUUCCAUAACACUGCACCUGUCGUAUAAACCCCUGGUGUGCAGUAUGGCUUUAUGCAAUAAGUACAGAUAGAUUAGAAAGAUUCUACUAUAUAAAUGUAUAAUAAUCUGUGCAGAAUAGCUCUGUACAGCAUCUCAAGCAUCCAUUCUCUAAACUUUGGCUGCUUUCAAACAUGGAAAGUUAUGAAAGAGAAUUAAAAGAAGGACUUAUAUGAAUUCUUCUCAAUAAUAAUUUUUCACAUGAAUGCCAACAUGACAGAGAAUCUUACUAGUUUCUUUGGAUUCCCAUAACAACUAUAUACUAACAACACCCACAUCUACCUUUCAACUCAAUCUCUCUCCUGACCUCCUAGAGUGUCCCGUAAGCUGCCUCUAUUUUGUCUCCAACCAAUGACAUGUCUCUUUAAACUCAAUGUGGCCUAUUUAUCAAAGUGUUCUGUCUAACAAGUGGUCUAAAGUACUAAAUGUGGGGCUUUCCCCCUGGAGACAAGUGAAACCAGCAGAUACAUGCCACUGGUACAAUGUUGCUCCUCUUUGUACACUUUGAUAGGUAUGCCCCUAAGCUUUAUAUCUCUCCUUCAUUAAUACCAAACCUCACUGUAAGUAAAUUGAACACCAAUGAACACUAAUGGCAAGCUCACAUCUUGGUACUAGUUUUGACUCAGGUCUCUCUUUUACUCUCAGCCUGUCUCCAAAUACUUUAAUUUUGCAAGGCAUGUUGAUAAGCUUAUCAUUUUCAGUUAUGAUAACUGAAACUCACUACUUACUGAGGUUACCAAAACUUACAUUGGCCCACUAUAGCUAUUAAUUCAUGUUGCAGUCAGCAGUGUAAAAAUUACUGCAUUAGUGUCCUCCACUGUAUUUUCUCUUGUGUUCUAUAUGUAAUUUCAACCUAGAUUGUAAGCUAAUAUGAACUAGUCCCUCUACAUCUCCAAAGAAUUUUCUCACACCAGGCUGCCUGCCAAUCAAGCUGGCCAGCCCACUAAGUGCGGAUAAUGCAGAUAGCGCUGUUUCACUCUAAUGGUGGGCUUAUUCUAUGCUUUUUGGGGACAGUUCUUUGCUGUCCUCAAAAGUGGGACACCAGAGAAGCAAAGUCAAAAUGAUGUGACAGGGCCCUGAAAUCAGGACUGUCCUGUCAAAAUCGGGAUGAUUGGGAGGCCUGCAAUGUUGCAGACGAGUUAAAAUAACCAUUAAGAUAAUUAUUUUUCUUUUAAUAUUUAUUAUUUAUUCAUCUUUUAUGACAUUAUAUUUCCAGGUGGCACUGCUUGUGUAUUAACAGGACAACCCUUUGACACUGCCAAGGUGAAGAUGCAAACAUUUCCUAACCUGUACCGAGGGCUUAUGGACUGUGCGGUGAAGACGUACAAACAGAUUGGGUUCAGGGGUUUCUAUAAAGGGACCAGCCCAGCACUUAUUGCCAACAUAGCGGAGAACUCUGUGCUUUUUAUGAGCUAUGGGUUCUGUCAAAGAGUUGUGAGGCACGUUAUUGGGUUAGGGAAGAACGCACCUCUAAGGUCAGUGUGACACAAAGUAAUAAAUGUCCUAAAUAAGAAAAUCAGGAAAUGUUGGUAGCACAGAUGAAUUGCAGUGAAUUUAAUUAAUUGGACAUGAUCGCAUUAACCCCUUCCUUUCUAAAAACAUGUUCACACAUGCAACUUUCAUUUUGCUGUGAAAAGCAAUGCCUAAUUCAAUUUGGCCCAUAAUGUUCCAUUUACCAUCCCCUUUGCUCCAGUGUUGCUUUUCACCCUGCAGCAAAACAAAUGUCUGCUUCUUUAUCAGAGCCCUGAAUGUCCCUUCUGCAUGUCUUCAGAGAGAUUGUAAAUGAUAAUAUCCAAGCUCCUCCCACUCUCUCUAUCAACUUUUUGGGGAAAGAAGGGAGGGAUAUGAGAUACUGAGUACAAUAUUAGCUUGCAAUACCCUGGCUUUAUAGCGCAGGUUCUUGAUCUCAUUGUACCUACUUUAUGCAAUUUGGUUUAAUUAAAGCGACACUGUCACACCCGCUCCCCCUGAAAAAUUUGUAUUUCAUAAAGAUAGAACACAUUAGAUAGAAUCUUUGCAAGUUCUGCAAAGUCCCCAGACAGUGACAGUGCUAAUUUAAAAUACCCAUACACAGAGAACUUUUUUAUAUAUAUGUAUCUGUUUUUGCCACAGCUACUGUAUACAUGAUGUCAGUGGUAUUAUUGCUUCUAUGCCAAUAUUUGAGACCCUGUCCCAGACAGGGUCUGAAAUAUUUCAAGGUAAGGGAUACCAUUGAUCUCUAAAAUAUUUUACUGCCCCAGUACUUCAGUAUCCCAUUAUACAGUGCUACGGAAUCUGAUGGCGCUAUAUAAAUAAUAAAAUAAUAAUAAAAUGCUAAACAAUAAACAAAUAACUGACAAUUGAAUUGUGCACAUUUACAUCAUUUUAUUUUUAGCUAUCCCAGCACAGAAUCUAUACAUAAAAUUAAUUUGUUAUCUUGUAUGUGUGUGCUAACUAUGAAAGCCAUGCUACAAAUAUUUUUCUUGUUUUAAUAACAUUUAAAGAACAUAGUAAUUAAGAGGUUAAUAAUUUAAUUAUAAAAAAAAACCUUAAUCAAAAAAUAUAUCAAAGUAUUCUGUACUAAAAAGUAAUCUAACGUACUAAAACGUAACAGAAAAAUUAACAAAUCUAAGUUUCACUCUAUCUACUAACUUAAUUAACAUAUAAAUAACUAAGUUUCCCAUUGUAUAUCUUGAAACAUUUUCAACAUUUGGCAUUUAUUUUAUGUUGGAGAAGAGCGUUUUGAAGUUUAAUCUUUGUGCCUGCAUUUUAGUAAUCUACACAAUGCGACUGCAGGCUCCAUUGCAGCUGCAUUUGCUUCAUUGGCCCUUUGUCCUACAGAGCUCGUGAAAUGUCGUCUUCAGGCCAUGCAUGAAAUGAAGUUAUCUGGGAACAUUAUAGAAGGCCAAAAGUAAGUUACCCUAGAAUUUAUUUUGUAAUGUACUAAUCCUGCCAUGCACACAAUUCACACUUCACAUCAAUAUUCAACAAUUCACACACAUUGCAAGAGCAACUUAAUCAAUAUCACCACCCUCACUAUAUGACACCAGAUUCAGACUUGGAUUUGACAGGCAUAUAAAUUAUUUGUUGGUAGUUGAUUUUUUUUUUAGUUGCAGGUAUAUAUACUUAACAAAAUUGUAAACGCAACACUUUUGUUUUCCUCUCCACUUUUCAUGAGCUGAACUCAAAGAUCUAAGACUUUUCUAUGUACACAAAAGGCAUAUUUCUCUCAAAUAUUGUUCACAAAUCUGUCUAAAUCUGUGUUAAUGAGCACUUCUCCUUUGCCGAGAUGAUCCAUCCACCUCACAGGUGUGGCAUAUCAAGAUGCUGAUUAGACAGCAUGGUUAUUGCAAAGGUGUGCCUUAAGCUGGCCACAAUAAAAGGCCACUCUAAAAUGUGCAGUUUUACUCUAUUGCUGGGGUCCAGGAGGGACCGGGGGAGUUUGGGAGGGGGGUUUGGAAAACCAGUCAGUAUCUGGUGAGACCACCAUUUGCCUCACACAACACAUAUCCUUUGCAUAGAGUUGAUCGGGUUGUUGAUUGUGGCCUGUGGAAUGUUGGUCCACGCCUCUUCAAUGGCUGUGCGAAGUUGCUGGAUAUUGGCAGGACCUGGUACACACAGUCGUAUAUGCCGAUCGAGAGCAUCCUAAACAUGCUCAAUGGGUGACAUGUCCAGUGAGUAUGCUGGCCAUGCAAGAACUGGGAUGUUUUCAGCUUCUAGGAAUUGUGUACAGAUCCUUGCAACAUGGGGCCGUGCAUUAUCAUGCUGCAACAUGAGGUGAUGGUCGUGGAUGAAUGGCACAACAAUGGACCUCAGGAUCUCGUCAUGGUAUCUCUGCGUAUUCAAAAUGCCAUCAAUAAAAUGCCAUGUGUUCGUUGUCCAUGACAUAUGCCUGCCCAUACCAUAACCCCUCCGCCACCAUGGGCCACUCGAUCCACAAUGCUGACAUCAGCAAACCGCUCACCUACAUGACGCCAUUCACGUUGUCUGCCAUCUGCCCUGUACAGUGAAAACCAGGAUUCAUCCGUGAAGAGAGCACCUCUCCAAAGUGCUAGACGCCAUCAAAUGUGAGCAUUUGCCCACUCAAGUCUGUUACAUCGAUGAACUGCAAUCAGGUUGAGACCCCGAUGAGGACAACGAGCAUGCAGAUGAGCUUCCCUGAGACGGUUUCUGCAGAAAUUCUUUGGCUAUGCAAACCGAUUGUUGCAGCAACUGUCCGAGUGGCUGGUCUUAGACGAUCUUGUAGGUGAAGAUGCUGGAUGUGGAGGUCCUGGGCUGGUGUGGUUACACAUGGUCUGCGGUUGUGAGGCCAGUUGGAUGAACUGCCAAAUUCUCUGAAAUGCCUUUGGAGAUGGCUUAUGGUAGAGAAAUGAACAUUCAAUUCACCGGCAACAGCUCUGGUGGACAUUACUGCAGUCAGCAUGCCAAUUGCACGCUCCCUCAAAAUUUGCAACAUCUGUGGCAUUGUGAUGUGUUAUAAAACUGCACAUUUUAGAGUGGCCUUUUAUUGUGGCCAGCCAAAGGCACACCUGUGCAAUAAUCAUGCUGUCUAAUCAGCAUCUUGACAUGCCACACCUGUGAGGUGGAUAGAUUAUCUCGGCAAAGGAGAAGUGCUCACUAACACAGAUUUAGACAGAUUUGUGAACAAUAUUUGAGAGAAAUAGGCCUUUUGUGUACAUAGAAGAAGUCUUAGAUCAUUGAGUUCAGCUCAUGAAAAACAAAGGUGUUGCAUUUAAAAUUUUGUUCAGUAUAAUAUAACUGUCUUGUGAGUCAUCAUGGGUAAUGUCAAGAAGGAGCAACAAAUUAACCAGAGAAAACAAUUAAUUUAUUCAUCAACUCAUCAUGUCUGACAAAGUUCAUUUUCAUUUAAAUGUCUUCUUUAAUAAGCAAAACUAUCAUUUCUGUGAUGCAUAAUUGCACCCUACCAAAUGCACCAUCUAGUGCAGGAUGACUUCACAAGAAGUUAUUGAGCAGAAAUUUGAGCAUUAAGCAUUAACUAAUGUUAUGAACAAGCAAUUGAAAGAGCCCAAGUUUGCGAGGAGGCAAAUGGAGAUUAUUUAAAAGAUGUCAUCUUCCGUACCUAGUCAAACACAUCUCCACACAAUAAGCAUUCAUUGCAUGUAAUAUCACUGAAAUUAGUAUAUUAAUAAAAAGUUAUGGACUCCUCAAACCCUACCAUGAAUUUUGGCCUACCCUGUAUAUAAUUACUUAAAUAUAUAUAGCAUAAAUAAAUAAAUAAAUAAAUAAAUAUAUAUAUAUAGACACACACACUGAUCAGCAGCAAUAUUAAAAUCGUGUAGGUCCCCUUUGUGCUGCCAAAACAACUGUAAUGUAAAGACCCCUGAAUGUGUCCUGUGGUAUCUGGCACCAAUACGUUAUAAGCAGAUCUUUUAAGUCCUGCAAGCUGGAAGUGGAUCUGAUUUGUUUUUCAGCACAUCCCAUAGUUCCUCAAUCGGAUUGAGAUCUGGGGAAUUUAGAGGCCAAGGCAACAUCUUGAACUCUUUGUCAUGUUCCUCAAACCAUUCAUGAACAAUUAUUUUAGCAGUGUGGCAGGGCGAAUUAUUCUUCUGAAAAAAGGCACAGGCAUCAGGUGCCAUGAAGGGGUGUAUGUGGUCUGUAGCAAACUCUAAGUACGUGGUACAUGUUAAAGUAACAUCCACAUGAAUGCUAGGACUGUUUCCCAGCAGAACAUUGCCCAGAGCAUAACACUGCCUCCACUGGCCUGCCUUCUUCCCAUAGUGCAUCAUGCUACCAUCUCUUCUCCCGGUAAAUGAGGCACAUGCACCUAGCCAUACAUCUGAUCUACAGUAUCUCACAAAAGUGAGUACACCCCUCACAUUUUUGUAAAUAUUUUAUUAUAUCUUUUCAUGUGACAACACGGAAGAAAUGACACUCUGCUACAAUGUAAAGUAGUAAGUUUACAGCCUGUAUAACAGUGUAAAUUUGCUGUCUCCUUAAAAUAACUCAAAACACAUGGCCAAGCAUGUCUCCAGACCUAAACCCUAUUGAGCAUCUGUGGGGCAUCCUGAAACGGAAGGUGGGGGAGCUCAAGGUCUCUAACAUCCACCAGCUCCGUGAUUUCAUCAUGGAGGAGUGGAAGAGGACUCCAGUGGCAACCUGUAAAGCUCUGGUGAACUCCAUGACCAUGAGGGUUAAGGCAUUGCUGGAAAAUAAUGGUGGCCACACAAAAUAUUGACACUUUGGGCCCAAUUUGGACAUUCCCACUUAGGGGUGUACUCACUUUUGUUGCCAACAGUUUAGACAUUAAUGGCUGUGUGUUGAAUUAUUUUAUAGGGGACAAGAAAUUUACACUGUUAUACAGGCUGUACACUUACUACUUUACAUUGUAGGAUAGUGUAAUUUCUUCAGUGUUGUCACAUCAAAAGAAAUAAUAAAAUAUUUACAAAAAUGUGAGGGGUGUAUUCACUUUUGUGCGAUACUGUAAAAGAAAAUGUGGUUCAUCAGACCUUCUUCCGUUGUUCCAUGGUUCAGAUCUGAUGCUCGUGUUCCCUUUGAAGACGCUUUCAGUGGUGGACAGGGGUCAUCAUGGGCACACUUGCCAGUCCGUGGUAGCGAUGCCCCAUACACAGAAAACUGUGAUGCGCUGUGUGUUCGGAUACCUUUCUAUCUUGGCCAAUAUUACGUUUUUCAGUAACUUGGGCUACAGGAGCUCUUCUGUGUGAUUAGACCAGAUGGGCUUGUCAUCACUCCCCAUACAUCAAUGAGUCCUGGGCACCCACUAUCCUAACAUCGGUUAACCUGUUGUCCUUCCUUGCAUCACUUUUGGUAAGUACUAACCACUGGUAACCAGUUUGGAGAUGUACUGACCCAGUUGUCUAGCCAUCACUAUUUGGCCCUAGUCAAAGUCACUCAGAUCUUUUCACUUGCCCAUUAUAUCCUGCUUCGGACACAUGAAAUUUAAGAACUGACUAAUCUAUUCCACCUCUUGAUGGGUGCCAUUGUAACAAUAUAAUCUAUGUAAGUGGUUUUAAUGUUGUUGCUGAUCAGUGUAAGAAUAUAAUGUUGUUAAAUUCCAUACUAAUAUCACAGGAGAGGGGCUGGGGAGACACACACAGGGUUGUUCACUAACGUGAGAAUUCAUAGUGAAUUUCAAAUUGAAAGCUAAAGCAGCCAAAGUGGAAAGAUAGAUGGCAGAGUAUUGUUCCAGUUUGGCUAUUUUAACUUGAAUCUGAAAUUUACUUUAAAUUCACAAUUUAAAUAAUCUAGUGCAGGGGUUCCCAACCCAGUCCUCAAGUACCCCCUAACAGACCAGGAGUUAGGGCUUACCCUGGUGUGUCUUUUAUUGUAAUCCCUGCAUCCUGCACUGUUGGGGUGUACUUGAGGACUGGGUUGGAAAUCACUGAUCUAGUGCAAUUCUCUCUCCUCAGUUUCCCUCCCAGCAAAUCAUUUAUGGGAGAAGAAUUAAACUGAGGAGAGCAGCAACAAUCUUUUCCCUGUGCUGCACUAGCCUGAACCUAGCCCUAAAAUAAAAAAUAAAUAAAUCCUAUAACAUAAAAUACACAUGAUGCCAAAGCAUGUAUUUUGGGUAAAUAUUGCCAUCCUGGGUUUCUGAUUCGGGAUUUAAAAGACAAAUCUCUUUUGAGACUGGUGGAAGUUGUAAUUUCUAACUAACAUGCAAUGACCAUAAUAACCUGUUAGUCCUGUCAUCUCCAUAGCACAGUGUGGUCAGUGGUAAAGAGUAUUCUACGUACAGAUGGUCCAAUGGGGUUUUAUCACGGUUUGUCCAGCACGCUGCUGAGAGAAGUGCCCGGAUACUUCUUCUUUUUUGGAGGCUAUGAAUUGGGACGCUCAUUAUUUAUAUCUGGAGAGAAAACAAAAGAUGAACUGGGUAGGUAAUGCUACAUAUUUACUCCUUCCUUUAUCUUAUUUUCCAUUCUGAUGAUGCAUUUAUUUUUGUAUUCAACCCCAUCACGAGCCUCCGAGGAGGCUAUUUUCAUUAAGGCGCCUUCUCACUAAGGUGGAGAUACAUGUCCUACAAGUAACUGAAUGUCAAUAUGGGAACGGUCUACCGAACAUACUGCUGUGAAAAUAUUAAAUUAUGACAAAACUCUGCAACAUCUACUCAGUGCUUUUGAGUGUUUUAUCUUUUCAAAACUGUUACAUGGUUGUUCUCUACACACUGAAUUUUUGGGAAUGAAAUCCAAAUGGAAAAAUAAGCCAUGGUGUGAGUAUAGCUUUAGAGAGUUGAAGAAUUCUUCCAAAUUAGCUAUUUAUGCCUCAGUUAUUCCACCUAAAUUUAAUUAGCAAAAAUUCAGACUUUAGCGAAAGGCCCUGAUAAACACUAAAUUGGAAUUUUAUUGAAGCAAAAUAGUGUUUAUUUAUGGUAGAAAGUGAAAAUGGGCAGAGCUUGAACUCCCAAAUCUUAACAGUAAGUGGUAAGUGAGAGAAACAAGCAUAUUAUGGCAUAACAUGAGUUUAUACAUAAAUAAUAAAAUUAAGCAGGAAAACAAAUAUGCAUAUUAUUCUCUGAAACUGUAAAAAUCUAUAAUAAAGAACAAACUAAAUGUGCUAUACAAUAAAAUGAUUUUUAUAAAGAACAACACUCAUAUACUUACAAUGGUAGGCAGAGAUGAAAUCCACAGUGGGUGUGUACACAAAGAAAAACAACAUUAAUAAUAUGUAUUGUAUUGUGAGAGAAUAGUGAUUAGACAUUACUCACAAAUAACGGAGCAAUGACCUGUUCUACAAUAUGUAGCUCAGAUGGAUAACAAUGGAUAACAACAUUGAUAUUACGGUAUUGCAUUGUGAUAGAAUGGCGGUUAGACUUUAAUCGCAAAUAAUGGAGCAACUACCUGUUCUACAACUGGCAGCUCAGAUGCAUAAAAACAUUGAUAAUACACUACUGUGAGAGAAUAGUGAUUAGACAUUACUCACAAAUAAUGGAGUAACAACCUGCUCUACAACUGGUAGCUCAGUUGGAUAACAAAAUUGAUAAUACAGUGUGUAUUGUGAUAGAAUGGUGGCUAGGCUUUACACGCAAAUAAUGUAGCAACCACCUGCUCUACAACUGGCAACUCUGAUGGAUAACAACAUUGAUAAUACAGUAUUGUGAUAGAAUGGUGGUUAGACAUUACUCCCAAAUAAUAGAGCAACUACCUGCUCUACAGCUGGUAGCUCAGAUGGAUUACUGAAAUUAUAUAUAUUCAAAUACUCUGUGGUAUGGUAAUCUGCAUAUAGGAAGAAAUAUAAACAAAGAUACACCGGAUUACAACGUUUACAUUCAAUUUAGUAACUAAAUUGCUUCUUCGGGGAAACUGUCAGUUUGAUUAGCAGACAUUCUAGAGAGGCUCACAAUCUUCUAUGCGGAAAGUAGAUCCAGAUUACACCUAAGGCACAUGUUUGGAAACUGAUUUACUGUAUUUCUGACUUGACGUUCCCCUUCCACUGGUGCUUGCAUCGCUUAUUUCACUCAACCUGCUUUUGCACACCAAAUACCUAUGACACAGCAAUGUAACUGACAACAACAUCCAGAAAACCGCUGAACAAUUUUUAGAUAAUGCUGAGAUGGAGAGUUUUAUGCUAGAAGCUUUAAAGAUUAUUUAGAUGACUGAUUUGCUUAUAAUGAUUUGAAGAGGACCUGUCUUUAUAUUUUUUAUGUUUUACAGUACAGUCAUCCCAAUAUAUGCUACUGAUAUAUAUUGUUUUGUUAAAUAGUGAGCAGAACUAUAUAUAAAGUCAGCUUAGCACCACCAACUGAUCCAGGUAUUGGGUGUAGCCAUCUUGACUAAUAAUUGUUCAAAGAUUCACCAUUCAUUAUACAGUUUCCUCCGUUCUUCCCUCUACAGCGGAAAGUUGUAUCAGCUUAGGGCAGACAAAUUUAUCGCAAUCAAAACUUACCUCUUACAAAAUUAUUCACUGAAGUGAGAAUUCAAAAUUAAUUUAAAAAUGAAAGUCAAAACAGAUAAACCAGAAAAAUUAUUUAAUUCAGCAAUGUGUCGAGUUUGACCACUUUGGACUUAAAUGUGAAAUUUACUUUCAAUUCUCACUUUAGUGAAUAAUAAUGUAGUGAAUAAUAGUUAGAUUCUCUUUAUGAUGUGAGUUUGCUUAAAAAUGAUUAACUUUAAUAGCACUCAGUUUGGGGAUUUGUCCAAAUUGAAAUCAUGGGAAAUGUGAGUUUAUUUGCACGAAGAAUACAUAUACAUUUGCGCCUUUUCCGAAGGGUUCCAGAGUGCAAUAUUAAUAUAAUAUACAGAAAAAAAAAUGUGCAAAUUCAAACAAUUAAAAAAAAAUUUGUAUAUCCAAUGUACCAGUUCCUUUUUAAUGAAAGUCAAGAAAGUGCUAAUUAAUUUAUCUAAAAAAGUGAUCAUUCUGAGAUGUAUUUAAAGAGAAACAUUUCUUGAAUGCCUAAUUUUUAAUUUACCAUAACAAUUAUUGUUAUAUUGAUAUUGAAAGUGAUUUCCUUGUUUGUGUAAGCUUAUGGCAAUUGCCAAUUAACAUGCUAUGUUCAUCUAUCGUUCUACUUUAAUACAAGUUUAUUGACUAUAAUUUAUCCAAAAUUAACAUUUUGUCCUUCCUAGGGGUUCUUCCCCUGAUGAUUAGCGGAGGCAUUGGAGGGAUCUCCUUGUGGCUAGUUGUGUUUCCAGUGGAUUGUGUUAAAUCCAGAAUUCAAGUCCUUUCUAUGAUGGGAAAACAAGCAGGAUUCAUCAGGACAUUUGGAAGAAUUUUAAGAAAUGAAGGUAUACUAUAUGUGUAUAUAUAUAUAUAUAUAUAUAUAUAUAUAUAUAUAUAUAUAUAUGUGUGUGUGUGUUUCUCUAAUCUACCCUCCAUUAUUUAAAGUAAAUCUGCCAUGAAAUGUUUACUUUGAUAUUUAACAGUAAGGAUAUCAUUUAUAUGGCCUGCAGUUGCUCCAGCUCUGCUCCACACCAACAAAUUGGUUUCAGGGUCAGCAUUUAGGCAUCAGAGCAUCCUAAUCCCUCUGAAAGCUUGAGAAAUGCUGGCUGGGGAGUAGAAGAGUAUCAUGGAGCAAGAGAGCUACUUUUGGGAUUCGGGAGGGUACUCUUGCUGUCCCUGACACUCAAUCCUCUACUUAGAUACUAAGGAUUGAUUAACAGGUGAGGACAGAAGAAAAACUUUAAGAGGCAUUAAAUUAAAACGCUUGGAUUUCUACUAGCACAAUGUAAAGAUGAAAUGUAACAUUUCUGUAAUUUAAGGUAUAGAUACCAUGACUGGGGCACUUUAACAGUGAUCACAAAACCAAUAACCACCAAAUAAAAAAAUACAUAUUUUUUUUAAGAUUAGAAGCCCCAAUUACAUUUUGACACUUUUCAUACAUUCGCUUUAUCACACAUUCUGCUAAAUUGUGUGUUGUUUACAUACAUAUACAAGAUUAUUAUUAUUAUUAUUACUGGCAUUUAUAAAGUGCCAACAAAUUCCGCAGUGCUGUACAAUUGGGAAAAAGACAAACACAAUAAGAACAGACCGAUACAACAGGUAGAGGACCCUGCCCGUGAGCUUACAAUCUAAAGGUUAAACUGGGGAUAUGAGACAAGAGGUAGCAGAGGGAUUUGUAUGUGAUUGAAUUGUUACUAUGAAAUUUGGAUAUUGAUAUCUGAUACCUGGGGCAAGGAGGAAAAGAUAAGAAAUAAUGAAGGCAAGAGGCUGCGUAAAGUAAAAUCAUAAGAAAAGGAAAACUGAAAGAAAAAAAUGACAGUAAACCUUUAAGGGGUCCGUUAGGGGUUGUCAAAACAGUGGAAAGGUUGACUGCCUUCACAUUUACAAUAUGUAUAGGGGGCUUCUCACAUUCCACAAAAAACAUGGAUCUAAAAUAUAGAUCAAUCAAAGCUACACCUGAGGUGAAAAUUGAUUUAGUUAUAGUCAACCGUUCGACUUUUAGAGAUGAUUAGUCUGUAUACAUUUAGAUUUUCCAGAACUGGUAAGGACAGCAGAAACAAUACAUUUGCUGGAGUGAAGCAUUCGUUGUACUCGUGUUUAGCGGAGUAUCAGGAAAUAGGGCCAUCCAUACCAUUUGUGGAGUCCGCCUACACUCAUUCACAGUGUCAUUCACGCAAACACAUACAUGCAAUUAGCUAUACACACACACAUCACUAGCCACUGGCACACAUACAUAACUUGCACAUACCCCCAACUAGCUAGUAAGAAGCUUCCCCCCCCCCCCACGAGCAUGCAUACAUAGUAACACUCAAUCAUAAACACACAUUAAUUGAUACAAAGAUACAAAUUAAUAUACAAGAUGCUAAUAUGCAUACACCACAAUACAUAUACGCAUACUGACAAUCAUACUACACAGAUUUACACUUACAUUCCUGCGCAGGCUCAUACUGACACUCGUCCAUACACUUACACAGACAUUCAUUAUAACAAUAGAUAUUUUGUGUAAACAAUAUUGGUACAAAUAUAUAUGAGCUGCUACCACCAGCGUGUAAGUUUCUCACUCCUUGACAUAAAUGAUAAUAAAACAGUGUUAAACUGUGUGGUAUAGAAACCAACCCCAGUCAAAGAGGUGGAGCGCUUUAACACCAAUCACUUACCCCCCAAAACUGAAAUAUAUAAUCUAAGGGGGAGAGAUGGAAAUAUAGUGUAAUAUGUCACUACAAAGAGUGAAUAUUGGUGUAAUAAGAUCCACUCACAUGGAGGUGAGCCUCACUAGGAUAGGCUCAAAUCUCUAUCGCAGGCGUGUAUUUUGGGGUCACACAGACAUUCACACUGACAUUCAGACACACACAUCCACAAAUUACACAUAUCUCCCCAAAGUGAGAUUCCGAGGAUUGAAAGUCUGUCAUGGAAAAUGUAGUCCACAAAAGUAAGCAGUGCUGUUUUCAGCCAUUAUUGCUCUAAAAUAUACAGCAGAAUUGACUGAACUUAAACUCAUAUCUCAUCCUUCAAUUUUUGUACAUUUUACAUGGACUUGUGGCAACUGUCUAAAUAAUACGUUUCUUAUUUUGCAGGUGUGUUAGCCCUAUAUUCAGGGCUGACACCUACCUUAAUCAGAGCAUUCCCAGCAAAUGGAGCCCUCUUUGUAGCAUAUGAAUACAGCAGGAAACUGAUGAUGAAACAAUUUGAUGAAUAGUAAAGUUCUAUCUCUAACCAAAGACUUCUAAGGUUCCAAAUUACCAGCAAAACCAGGAGAGAGGAUCUGUUAUCAACAAUGAAGCUCACCUCUGUAUGUCAGCCAUCUUGAGUGCAGUGCACUCUUUAUUUGAUAUAUGUGGAUAUUAGUGUGCCUAGGCCAUUGCCAUACCGCAGUGCCACACCUCCCUUCUUCAAGCAGGCUGAGUGGUGUUUAGUUCCACUCACUACCCUGACACCCUUUUCUUCAACCCUAAGCGAUUGGCCCACUCCUGUUUGUGUGGUAACCACUACCACAGCAUUUUACACAGUUUCCUUUGGCUUACUGCCAUUAAUUUUCUCAGGUCAAUAAUUGCUAAAAUAGCUGUCACUGUUACUGUGCUACAAAACCUUUUGAUGAUUGGUAACUAACGGCUGCUAAAAGUUUUAACAUCUCCCACAGAGAUUAACAAUAGCCCCUUAAAGCUAAAUAACACCUACUUUCUAUGAUAAAUGGUAAAAAUGGCCAUCUGUUGGUAACUAAAACUGAUUACACCUGCCUACAGUUAGCAAUAGUAAACUUUCAAUACAUCUUAUAAUUAAAAAAACAUAAAGUUCUAUAGCUGAAGGCACAUGCUAGGCACCAAAACAACUUCAUCCCCCAAUGUAAUAUCCCCACCAUAUUACACUGCCCAGCAUGCAGAGCUUAGGUCACAUCUAGGUAGAUAGGAAAUUAUAUAGAUGGACAUGUGCGUAUUAUCGGUCCUUAGAGAUAGUCAAACUUAACGCUGAUAGUAAAGUAACCAAGACCUGUAGGACAGGUAUGAGAAAAGUCAGAUGCAAUCCAAGGUCUGGGGCAACAGAAGGCAGUGAGUACGAGUAAACAAGCCAGUUUCUAGGAUUACAGAUAGGACAAUAUUCAAAGGCAAGCCAAAGUCAAAUAACCAGGAAUGAAUACAAGAAAAUACAAGAAAAAUAACACUCUCAGAUUCACUACACGGAAAAGAUGUUUUAAGAAUGACGCAGGUGGGCCUUCAUCAAAAGUGACAUAGGGGUGACAUGCACUUAAAGUAUACUUUAGGAACUUUGCAGUACAGAUUACUGACAUCUGUGUGCCCCUUAAAAUUGAGUGUGGUAUCUUCUAUAAAGACCAUUGAAGACCAAAGCCUAUCUAUAAUCGUGAUAUAUGUAGUUUUCAAUUAAAAAAAACCCAAAACAGUGAAGUCAGAUGUAUGCAAAUACAAGGGCAACUUGCUAAGAUGAUAGCAGGUGAGGUGUGCAUUUGCUGAUCAAACCUUUUAUAGCAUCCUAGUGCAAUUGCUAUGGCAAUAAAUUGGAAACUGAGCCUUUUUCUUGAUGUACGUCCAGUGUUCAAAGUGGCAAGUGCUUAGUGGUGGUUGGUAUCAGUGGAGGUGAAUGUGAGUAGCAAACAGAUAUUAAAAACAGAGUUGGACCAAGAUAACAGUCCGUAUUUUAAGCUGCAAACAUCUACCAUCUGUUGUUAUUAACAAUUCUUAACUGCUGCUUUUAAACAGCAGGGAAAUGAGCUGUGUCAGCAGGUACAAAGAAGAAUGAUUGUGUAAACAAAUAAACACUGCAAAUGUCACAGUCUUGAAUUAUUUCUACAAAAUAGCAUCCUACAGUGAUUUAUGUGUAGCCAACACUCCCAAAGUAUGAAUUCUAAACGACUAUUUUUGGCAGUGCCAAUUUGAUUGUUGAUGUUGAGGAAUUGUGCAUCCAACAUAAUAUGCCAUGUGCAGUUUUACAGUCUGUUAUUACCUAUGUUCUCCUAGAAAAG